GGGUCUUCUCAAGGAAAUCCCAAUCUCUAUUCUGAAGAGUCUUCCCUAAAAGAUGGCCCUGAUCAGGAAGACAUUUUAUUUUGUAUUUGCCGUGUUCUUCAUUUUGGUUCAACAGCCACCAGGGUGCCAGGCAGGACUUGAGUUUUCCGAGCCAUUUCCAUCAGACAUUUCCUGGAAAGCUCCGUCAGCAGCUGUUUCUUGGCACAGGGAGGUUUGCUGUCUGCGAGUCGUGCAAGCUGGGUCGGGGGAAAUGCAGGAAGGAGUGCCUGGAGAAUGAGAAACCCGAUGGAAGCUGCAGGCUGAACUUCCUCUGCUGCAGACAGAGGAUGUGACAAACCGGACCAGCACACUGAUGGCCGUAGAGGCAGGCCUGGACAGUCAAAGACGUUCAACAGAAGUCAUGUGGUUUAUCCACAUCUCACAGUCAGUGAGUCUCAGAAUCAGUCUCAUUUCUUUCUCUCUUUGUUUUAUUUUUAUUUUAUUGCUUAUUUUUAAAAGAUGAUUUUUUUUU